CGCCCCCGCGGCAACCGCGCGCAGGACAACUUCCGGCGGGGCGGGCGCGGGGGUCUCCUAAGCCGGCUUCCGCGGCGGCGGCGCAAUGACUACGCUCCGGGCCUUCACGUGCGAUGACCUGUUCCGCUUCAACAACAUUAACUUGGAUCCACUUACAGAAACUUAUGGGAUUCCUUUUUACUUACAGUACCUCGCCCACUGGCCAGAGUACUUCAUUGUUGCGGAGGCACCUGGUGGAGAGUUAAUGGGUUAUAUCAUGGGUAAAGCAGAAGGCUCAGUAGCUAGGGAAGAAUGGCACGGGCACGUCACUGCUCUCUCUGUCGCCCCAGAAUUUCGACGCCUUGGUUUGGCUGCUAAACUUAUGGAGUUAUUAGAGGAGAUUUCAGAAAGAAAGGGUGGAUUUUUCGUCGAUCUCUUUGUUAGAGUGUCUAACCAAGUUGCAGUCAACAUGUAUAAGCAACUGGGCUACAGCGUGUACAGGACGGUCAUAGAGUACUACUCAGCCAGCAACGGGGAGCCCGAUGAGGAUGCCUAUGAUAUGAGGAAAGCACUUUCCAGAGACACUGAGAAGAAAUCCAUCAUACCAUUACCUCAUCCUGUGAGGCCUGAAGACAUUGAAUAACCAUGGGCAGUGGUUCUUAGGCUGAUGCUCCAGAUAUUUUAUGGACAAUAUUAUUUUCAUUGGAUGAUCUUGGAGCUCUAUUAGGAGAAAAGUAAUCAUUUAGGUCUUACAGACUUAAAAUACAGGUUAUAAACUUUAGUCUCAUUGUUUCCAAUUAGCAAUAUCAUACCUACUAAAGCUGUUCACUGUAAUAAAAUUCAAUCAAAAAGGCAGCUAGGUCAGACGGAAACAUUCCACUAUUUUGGGUCAUAAUAUUCACUAUAUGCUAGGGAAAAAAAGUGCUCCAGUCUCCUCCUAAAUUCCGUGCCUGAGAACCACUGCUGCAUAUAUAUUUUUUAUUUUGUAUCGAAUUGUUAAUUGAAGCUUUAAAAGCAUAUAUGAAAUGUAUAAAUCUAAGAUGUAUAAUAAAAUGCACUGUAAACUCUA